GGAUGUUUCGCCUUCGAGUACUUGCCACUGUGGCAGGCCUAGGAGCUAUUUCCCGAGGUUACCAUGGAAUGGCACAUCUCACCAGAAGCAGGCAAAGACUUAUGAUGGCAGCUUUCAUAGGAGCAACUGCAGCAACAGCAAGUGCAGGACUCCUAUGGAAGAGAGCUUAUGCAGAAGCAUCAUCGUCUGUAAAACACAAUGCAAGGACAGAAGCUAAUGAAAAAGUGAAGGACCAAGAAGAAGAGAAUGGUGAGGAUGAUAGAAGGACUAUUGAGUCAAAUGGUGGAGGUACACAGCCAGAAGAGAAGAAGAAGAAACAACGUUCUGGAUUUAGAGACCGUAAGGUGAUGGAAUAUGAGAACAGAAUCCGAGCUUACUCCACUCCAGACAAAAUCUUCAGAUACUUUGCCACCUUGAAAGUAAUAAAUGAGCAUGGAGAAUCAGAAGUGUUUAUGACACCACAAGAUUUUGUGAGAUCUAUUACUCCCAAUGAAAAACAACCAGAACAUCUAGGUCUGGAUCAGUUUGUAGUGAAGCGGUAUGAUGGAAAGGAUUUCUGGCAGACAGAGAAGUUAUCCCAAGAACGAGAGAAGUUUGCGGAUGAAGACAGUAUAUUUUAUACACUUGGAGAAUGUGGGCUCAUCUCUUUUUCUGACUACAUCUUCCUCACUACAGUUCUUUCCACUCCCCAGAGGAAUUUUGAAAUUGCCUUCAAGAUGUUUGAUUUGAAUGGUGAUGGUGAAGUGGACAUGGAGGAGUUUGAGCAGGUCCAGAGCAUUAUUCGCUCCCAAACGUGCAUGGGCAUGCGUCACAGAGACCGUUCUACUACAGGAAAUACUUUAAAGACUGGCUUCAGCUCUGCCCUGACAACGUACUUUUUUGGAUCUGAUCUGAAAGGAAAGCUAACAAUCUCAAACUUCUUAGAAUUCCAGCGCAAACUUCAGCAUGAUGUUCUGAAGCUUGAGUUUGAACGGCAUGACCCUGCGAAUGGGCGGAUCACUGAGCGUCAGUUCGGUGGCAUGCUGCUGGCAUAUAGUGGAGUGCAGUCAAAGAAACUCACACUCAUGCUUAAGCAACUCAGGAAACAUUUUCAGGAUGGAGAGGGGCUGACGUUUGAGGAGGUGGAAAGCUUUUUUACUUUUCUGAAGAAUAUAAAUGAUGUGGACACGGCUUUGAGCUUUUACCACAUGGCUGGAGCAUCUCUUGAUAAAGUCACCAUGCAGCAAGUAGCCAGGACAGUGGCAAAGGUGGAGCUCUCAGACCAUGUAUGUGAUGUGGUGUUUGCACUUUUUGAUUGUGAUGGGAAUGGAGAAAUGAGCAACAAGGAAUUUGUUGCCAUUAUGAAACAGCGGCUUAUGAGAGGCUUGGAGAAGCCCAAAGACAUGGGAUUUACACGACUCAUGAGGGCAAUGUGGAAAUGCGCUCAGGAGACAGCUUGGGACUUUGCCAUGCCCAAACAGUAACUGCAGCAAAUGGAGAAACCUGGCUUACAACAUGCUAAUGGGACCAUAAAUCUACCUGUACUGCUUCUCCAGAACAUACCAUUAUCAGAUGUUCUGCACACAGAAAUCUACUGAAUGACAGUAGACCCAUUGCUAAAUUGAACUAGAAAAAAUCACCCAGAAGACACAAACUGUUAACAGCUGGAGUUUUUCCAAACACUAGAACAGAAAUCAGAGCCUGCUGUGUCUUCUGCUUUUAUUUUUCCUUGGCUGUUGCCUCUUUAA